UUUGGUUUUUUUCCCAUGGAUUUCCUGGUCCAGCCCUUGCAUGGCGCGAUCGCAGGAAGGAGGAGGAGAAUUCCCGGACGAUGCCCCCCGGCCGCUGAAACUGGGGACAGCGACAACGCCGGACGGCGCAGGGGACAGAUGGCGACAGCCAGCAAGGGCAGCAAGGCCAAGGGGACAGGAGUGCGCUUCACCCCCCAGGGGACCCAUGGCCACCCCCAGGAGGGGACCCACGGCCACGUCCACUUCCAGGAGCAGCUGCACGACUCGGCCGUGAUGGUGACAGAGGACAAGGACGGCCACUUCCUGGUCAAGGUGGGAUUCCUGAAGAUCCUCCACAAGUACGAGAUCACCUUCCUGCUGCCCCCCAGGCUGGGGAAGGACAUUUGUCCCCUCCCUGUCCCCAGCCCCAACCUGCGCGUCAUCAGCGUCACCUCCCUGCCAGAAGGGCACAGCGUGCGCUGCGAGUACACGGCGCACAAGGAGGGGGUGCUGAAGGAGGAGCUGCUCCUGGCCGGACACAGCCCCGGCCACGUCAAGGUCACCGUCCAGGCCCGGGUCAUGGACCGUCACCACGGGACGCCGAUGCUGCUGGACGGGGUGCGCUGCGUGGGAGCCGAGCUGGAGUACGACUCGGAGCAGAGCGACUGGCACGGCUUCGACUGACCCCAGACCCCACCCCGGGGGUCCCCAAAGUCCCCAGAGAACAGGAGGGUCCCCAAAGCAGGCGGGGGGACCCCGCUUGUCGCUGCUGCCGCUGCUUAGCCCUCACCCCGCAGCCCUGGGGGGGUUUUGGGGGAAUUGUGCCUCUUGGGGUGGGAAUUUUCCUCUUCCCUGGGCUGGGGAGGAAUUUUGCCUGUGGAAUGUGGGGUGGGAGUGGGGAGCCCCCCGUGGCUCCAGGGUUGGGGUCAUGUUCCCCGGCCGUGUCCUUGUGUUGCUGCCAGCGCCUCUUUUAUCGGGUUUUUUUUUUCCUUUCUCAGAUUUUUCCUGGUUUUUUCCCCUCUUUUCCCAUUUUUCCACUCGUGGUACAAGGAUCAGGAGCAGUUUCAGGAGAUUUUAUGUGCCUAUAUAUAUAUAUCUAUAUAUAUAUAUAAAUAUAAAGAUAUCUUA